GAAGCUCGCCUCCGGCUCCAUCGCGGUGAAAGCGAGAACAGAGAAGGCCAGCAGACGACGAGGAAGAGCGGGCGGCGCGCGGCGGCGGCGGCGUCGUUUCAGGUAUCUUAUUCAUGAAAGAUGAUGAACCUCUCUUCAAUUUGCAGACGGGCCGGUCUCAAGGAUCUAGUGUUGAAUGUUCCUGUGUAUGUUGGUGCCAGUGAAGCAUCUGAGGGACUGACCUUGAUCUUCAGGAGGUGGGCCUCCAAAAAGACUGCAGGAUCCACAAAAAAUGGACGAGAUUCAAAACCUAAAAAUCUAGGGGUGAAGAAGUUCGGAGGAGAGAGAGUGAUACCUGGAAACAUCAUUGUUCGACAGCGAGGCACGAGGUUUCAUCCUGGAAAUUAUGUUGGAAUGGGAAAGGAUCAUACUCUGUAUACUUUGAAAGAAGGCCAUGUCUGGUUCGAACGCCACAAGCUUAGCGGCCGGAAGUGGGUGCAUGUCGAGCCUGCGGAGGGCCAUGUUCUUCACCCCAUCUACACAAAUGCUGCCACCAUUUCUGGUGAAAAUCCAAUAUGCUAAGUUAAUGGAGAUUAGUUGUUGUUCUUAACAAGCCAGAAUAGUUGGUCUCUAAGACAAGUUUCCUUGGGAUGGACUAGAAACUUAGAAUGUGGCUGGUACAUUGCUGUAAUGAAUCUAUCUUUUUUGUUCCAGUAGCAGUUAAUCUAUUUCCAGGUCUUUCCCUGGAAACUCUCGAGCAGUGCAUUUUUUCUGGUAAUUAUGCACUUGUAGGCAUCGAGUGAACAUAAUUUUUUUUUGGUUUUGAAAGUGUUUUAAUCAAAGUGGUGUUU